GCCCCUGUUCCCUCCCUCGCGCCUCCGCCUCCGGGCGACGCCACCGUCCGGCCACCACAAGCUCCACCGGAAAAACUCCUUUGUUUUCCCAACCCCUUUUCGGUUUUCCACGCGUCCUCUCUUUUCGCGCCUCGCCCGGCCUCCUCCCUUUCGAGCCAGUUUAAAAGCCAACCACCCACGCACCAGACCACACCACACCACCCACCCGGCUGCCACUGCCACCACCCUCCCCAGUCGCCGCACAGAGCACGGCCCGCACGCACGCUCCCCUCAGCUCACGCUCUCGCAGCUCUCAAAAUGCAGAUCCUCCGGCUCCUAGCGGCGCGGCGCGCGGCGUCCAACGUCACCUCCGCGGCGCCCGAGCGCCGGGACGGGGAGGUUGACGACGAGGGGCCAUUCUUCGACCUGGACUUCGCCUCAUGCUCCCUCCGCGACUCCUCCUUCAGCUCCAGCUCCGGCGCGCUCUCGGGCUCCGACUCCGACUCCGAUGAGGAGCUCGACUUCGUCAUCUCACUUCAAAGGAGCCGCUCCGCCUCCUCGCCGCUCAAGUUCUGCGCCUCGGAGCCGCCGUCCAAGGCCAAGGCCGCCGGCCGCAAGCGCGGCCUCGGCAGCCUGCGCACGCUCAGCUUCGGUGCCAGGAAGGCCGCGCCGCUCUACGGCGUCGGCCGCCGCAGCUUCGCCCGCAGCAGCUCCGCCAGCGCGCGGUCGCUCCGGCUCUUCAUGGCGACGCCCCACCCCGAGGAGGACGAGCACGAGCGCGCGUCCGAGCCCGCCGGGAGCAGGCGCGUGCCGUCCCGGGACUUGAUCAGGAGGUGCCUGGCCAGGAUCUCGCGGCGGCUCCGCACAGCCGCGAGCCCGCGCGCCGCGGCCGCCGAGUUGAGGGGCCUCCGUCGCUUGCGCAAGUGCCGGUCGGCGUCCUCCGCUGUGGCCAGCUCCGCGCCGCGCCGCGACGACGACUCGGCGGUCGAGAAGCAGGACGGCAUCGCCGGCGCCAUCGCGCACUGCAAGGAGUCCAUCCACCGGGCUUCCAUGUCCGACUGCGACUCGCCGCUGCUACGGUCUCGGAGCGACCCGGGGAAAUGCGACGCCGCGUAGCUCGUCCACCUCGCCGAGCGUGGAAGCUUCUCUCCGAACUUCAUUCGGUGAAGAAGAAACAGAGUAGAAGCAGAGCGUAAAAGUGGCAAGAAGAAAAUCUUUGUGUGUUGUUUAUGUGUGUCGUGUGUGCUUCAUGUCCUUCCUAGAGUUUUUAGUUUAUUAUAAGGAUUUUGGUUAGGUGUAAGCGUGGGAAAAGAGCUCUUUUUAGGCUCCUUUAACCCCCAAUCACAGCCCAUCUCAUGGUCUCAUUCAUGCAUGUAGAUGAACGUGGAUUGUAGCUGUUGCGUCCUUUGCUGUCUCUUUUCCUCCUCAUUUCCCCUCAACUUUGUGUGCUCGCUUUGUAGAAGUGCUCGUGUGUACAUGUGAAAUGUAAGUUGUAACA